AUGAACAACAAAGAUAUUUUUGAUCGUGUAUCUCGAAAUUAUCCGGCAGCAGCAGUAUCAUUAACAUAUAAUACAAUGAGAUCGCCUCUUCAUCGUGAGAAAAUAAAACGUCGACCAUCUUUACCAACAAGUUUCUUAAGUUUACAAACACAGCUUGAAACCUAUGAACCUUUAAAAAAUAUAUAUAAAGGUAAAGCAACAUCAGCAAAUGAUGAAAUAGCCCUUAUAUUUAGUACAGAUGAGCUAUUAAAAGAAUUAGCUUCUUCUACAGAAAUGUUUUUAGAUGGCACAUUUUCUGUUCUUCCAAGAAUUCCUAAAGUAGCACAACUCUAUACAAUACAUAUACGUUGUUUUCAAACAGCAAUUGCAACAGUUUUUAUACUGUUUGAAACACGAACUAAAUCUCUUUAUGAUGCUGUGUGGAUAAAAAUUAAGAACUUAGUUCCUGAUCUUGAAAAGAAUAUUCAAUUUAUAAUGUUAGAUUAUGAACAUGCUGCAGGUGCAUCAGUUAGUGAUCAUUUCCCAUCCGCUUCAAUUCAUGGAUGUUGGUUCCAUUAUAAUCAGGCACUUUUCCGAAAAUGGAAAAGUCUAGAUCUUUUAAAUGCACCUCGUGAUGUUUUGUCCAUGACAAUGACUUUACCUUUAGCCCCACCUGAAUAUUUUUUAGAAGGUUAUAAAAUAAUAGAGAAACAAGCAGAUAGCGUAAUAGAAUACCCAGAUAUACAUUUAUUUCUAGCGUAUUUACGUCGCAAUUGGCUUCCUGCAGCUUCGAAAGUUAGUGUUUACAAGUGUCCUGCGAGGACUAACAACAUAGUUGAAUCUUUUCAUAAUAUGGCGUCUAAAAAAUUUGGUACAAAACAUCCGAAUUUAUGGAUAUUUUUAGAGAAAAUGAUCAAUUUGAUUAAGGAUCAAGAACUCGAUCUUGGAAGAGCAAAGAGAG